AUGGAUCUUUGUUUUACUUUCAAUUGCAAUGGAAAGGUGAAUUUUAACGAUUGGGAAUUAGAUAAAAAUGGUUUAUUUUUACAAGGAGAAGUAGAAAAUGUUCUAUAUCCACAAGAAAAAUAUUUUUUAUUAGAUAAGAAUAUACAACUUUUUGAUUGUAAUAUGCCAGCUGCAACUGCUCUCUUGGAUUUUAAACAUUUUAAUAAGUGUAUGAACAUGCAAUUAAAAAUACUCAGCAGGCAUGAGAUUUAUGAUCAAGUUUUAAGUUCAAAAACACAUGAUAUUGAUUUUUAUUAUAUUAGAUGUAUUAUAUCAAAAUUUAUUUUGUAUGUUCGAAUGUAUUUGAAUAGUAUUAAAGGAAACUAUCUAUCAUUAGAAACUAUAAACACGGAUAUAAAAACUAUAAAGAUGGAUAUUGAAGAAGAAUUUAAUUCAUUAUUUAUUAUAAUAAAACAUUUCCUUGAAAGGAUAUACAAUAUUCCUGAUGCUACAUUUCAUUAUGUACCCUCUAAAUUAGGCAAUCAGUGUACACAACCAGAAUAUCAUAUGUAUCAUAUGCAUAUUGAAUUAAGAUGGUUUUUUAUUUCAUUAAUAUAUACAAAGAAUAUAUAUUGUCAAUAUUCAAUUGAAAACUACUUGGAUGAGUUUGAAAACAUUCAAGCAAUGAUAAUUAAUGAUUUAAUUUAUAUUUCAUUAAAAAUAUUUGAAACGAUUCCUUUAACUCAUGUACAACAAAAGACUCCAUAUAAUUGUACUUGCAUUCGUGAAUUAUGGCUCAUGCUUCAAAUAUUUAUUGAUAGUUUAUCUGAUAGAAUGAAAUCAAAGACUUUCUGGAAGUAUAUCAAUGAAUGUAUUGAUGGAUUGCUGAAUAGAAAUGCAUCUAAUAUUGGACAAUUUCUUUGUAAAAAUAAUGAAUUAUUCUGUUUAUGGCUUAUUUAUCAUCUUUCGCUUUUAUAUGGAUACAAUAAUGAUGGAAUAUAUUUAGGAUCUAAGUGUUCACGAAUCAGGCCUAAUUAUGAACAAUUAGAGAAGAUUUUGAAAACAUAUAUUUCUAAAGGUGGAAAAGAUGGUGAACGGGAUGAAAUUGAUGAGGAAUUAUGUAUAAUGAUACCUUUAUUAAAUAUUAUUGUUACCAACUGGUGGCAACCACGAGUUUCAAUUAUUUCUCUUCUGUGGGAUUGCUUUCAUAAAAGAUUAGAUGAACCAUUUCUCUUACAAGUAUCUGGCCCUUGGACAUUAUCAAUUGAAAAGAAAACCGCUAUGGAUCUUCUUAAACAAGUAAAAGAGAGACUUAAUAAUAUAGAGUGUAUUAAAGAAUCAAGUUAUGGAAUGUUUUUACGUUUACUUGGAUCUUUUUUACGCAUAAAUUAUAGUAAUAAUGAUACAAAAUAUUGGAACCAAAUUAAAGCUGUUACUACUGAUACUAUAAAUGUUUGUUCAGUAAUGUUAGAUCUUUUGCCAUUGACAAAAGAAUAUAAUAAUGAAAAUAGUAAAAAACAUAAUUUAAUUUGGAAAGGAAAACUAGCUGUUCUUAUUUUAUAUAACGAUUUUAGAUUAAAUUUAACAAAUAUAGCACCUUUAUAUAUAGAUACGAUAAACACUAUAUGUUGUCGUAAAGAUGAUAUAUCCCGUUCAAUGAUGAAUAAUUUUAUUGAUGUAUUCAGUACAAUUUUAUCAUCUAAUAAUAUUGAAUUAGGACAACAUUUAUUAUUUAGUGGAUGGAUAGAUCGUUACUUAUUAGAAUGUUCAAAUAAAAUGGUUGGAACAUUAAUGAAAGUACUAGUUAAUAUUUUUGAACAAUGCAUUUAUCUUUCUAAGAUUUCUAAUACAGGUGAUAUAGGACAAUUACUAGAUGCUUUGUGGUGUUAUGUUGCCUGUAGAGUAAGACAACUUGUUUUUGAUCCUGUUGUUAAUAGUGAACACUAUCAAUAUAUUUCAAAAUUAGCAGUUUUAUUUACUAUGGAAGCAUUAAGAAAUCCAGCAACAGCAAAAAAACAUAAGCAUUCGGCUAUGUCUUUAUUUCAGCAUUUUGCAUCGUCAGUAAUUGUUAAAGACAUAAGAAUUACAAGAUAUUAUUUGGUACUAAUACUUGAACAGGAACAAGUAAUUCAUGAUUUAAAAAAAGAAGUAAAAAAUUUUGAUACAAUACUUAUACAAGCAUGGAUAAAAUGUUCUAUCAUUGGUCAUGGUACAAAUGGAAAUGAAAUAAAAAUUUUACAAAAUUAUAUAUUGAAAUUAAGUGAUAUACAAGAUAUAUUUGAAACAUAUAAUGAUCUUCAAGAAUUUCAAAAUAAUGAUGGAUCUAUUUUAACAUUUAUAAUGCACUCUAUGAAAAAACGAAACACUUUAAAAAUUGAACAAGAACGAAUUCAAUAUGAUAUGAAAUGGAGAUUAUAUUUUAGUCAUUUAGAAAAAUGGAUUCUUUUACCCAUUACUGAAGAAACUAAAGAUUCGGAAUUGGCUUUGUGGAUAUAUAGAUGUAUUGGAACAUUAAUUCUUUGUACUUCUAUUAUGUUAUAUUCUAAAAAUCAACCAAAUAAUAUAUUUAAAAUAUUAGUGAAUAAAACUAUAUUAUCACUAGAACAUUCUUUUUUAAAAAAUUUGGGGAAAAAAACAUUUUCUAUGAUAAUUUUGGGUAUGGAAACUCUUAAUGUUAGAAGUGAUAUAUCACUUCAAAUAAUAAUACGAGAUUUAUUUGAUCAAUAUAUGCCACUCUUAAUAAUUCCAACUAUUAAUACAAAUACUUUUAAAGUAUCUGAUUCGUUAUUAAAAUGUUUUAAAGAUGCAAAAACAGAUUUUAUAUGUUUGAUAUUUGAAAUUUUAAUGACAAAUUUUUUUACCAUUUCAAAUGACAAUAUGAUGCAUAAACAUUCUUAUUUGGUAAUGAUAAUUUUACAAAAUUUACUCAAAGGUGAAAAAAAUUAUGCAUGUCAUAUUGUAGAACACAUUAUUUUAAUUUGCACAUCAUAUAUUAUUAAAUGCUAUAUUAAAGUCCAUGAUCAUCAUCCACACAAACAACAAACUAUUGAUUUUAUAAGUAAUAUUAUAAACAAUAUAUAUUAUAAAGAGGAUAAUACUUUACGAGAUAAGUUUCAUAAUAUGAUAUCCAGUAUUAUUGAAAAAUCAUUAAUAUUAAAUCAGCAUAAUACUUUUGAACUUUUACAUUCAAUUUUAAUAAUAUCAACUGAAGUAGUACAAAUUUUAUCAUCAAAACUCGAACAUACUUUAAUCAAUUUGGAGAUUAAUCGACGUCCAAAUGCAGCAUCUUUCAGAUAUUCUUGGAAUCAACUUCAAAAUCUAAUAAAAAAGUAAUAAAACGAAUCAUUAAUAAGUUUAAAAAAUUUAUUAAUAAAUAUUUGAUAAUACCAUAAUAAUAUUUUGUUAUUAUGCUACGAAUUGAU